CCAACGAAUGACUAACAAAAACAAUUAUGAUAAUAUCACGGAAAUCUAAAAAUGUGGUUAAAAAAUGUCGUGGUUAAAGAUCCAAUGAAAUUGCCGACACAAAAACAAAGUAUCGACAGAGUAGGAGCCAUCGAGAUUUGAAAAAUGUAGAUAAGAAUGGUGAAUGGUGAGGCCCCACCCAUUCGGGCCAUUCCCAAUACCCAUUCAUCUCUCCCACGAUCUUUGGACACCUUCGCAACCAGCAUUUAUAAAUACCCCACCACCCACCACUGCACUCUCCCACAUCACACCUUCACAGUUCACAAACCAUCUUCCUCUCUCGUUUCUGCAGCUAAUUUGAUCACCACCACCAUGUCGGAGGAGAAGCAUCACCACCACCUCUUCCACCACAAGGACAAGCCUGUUGACGACGCCGUUCCCUACUCCGACACCACCUACUCCGACACCAGCUAUGCUACCGAUGGUGUCAGCGGCUACGCUGCCGAAACCACCGAAGUGUUAGCAGAUGACCCAGGCCCUGACUACAGGAAGGAGGAGAAGCACCACAAGCAUCUCGAGCACCUCGGCGAGCUCGGCGUCGCUGCUGCUGGCGCUUACGCCUUGCAUGAGAAGCACAAGUCGGAGAAAGACCCUGAGCAUGCCCACAAGCACAAGAUAGAAGAAGAGAUUGCCGCGGCUGCUGCAGUGGGAGCUGGCGGGUUCGCGUUCCACGAGCAUCACGAGAAGAAAGAAGCCAAGGAAGAAGAUGAAGAGGCUCAUGGAAAGAAGCAUCACCAUCUUUUCUAGACGCAUGCAUGUGUGCUUGUUGUGUAAUUAGAUUUACAAUUGCCAGUGAGCAACUAUGCUAAAUAAUUUCUAUGUCUGAGCUAUGUUGGAUGAGUUUGUGUCUUGUUUCCUGGGUCUCUCUGUGUGUCCUUGUGAAACCCUUGUUGUGUGGCUUUAUCAUGAUUAUCGUUCCAUGUUAAUAAGAUUAUAGUUUGAUGUUUCUUA